CUUGUUUCGUCCCCCGAGUCGCCCAUUCCCGACGCCAGCAAGUUAUACACCAGCGGCUGCGCCCUGGUCAGCCAUUCUUUACCGUCUGACAUUCGUUAGAAAUGUUCAACCUCCUCCUCGUCCUGUUUACCUUAUUUGGCCUUACCUGUGCAGUCCCCAUCGAUCUUCCCCGUUCGAUCCACGAUAUGCGUACUCAACACUUGUCCAAGAGAACCAACUCCACGAAAUUCGUGGUAGCUCACUUCAUGGUUGGAAAUUCCUACCCUUAUACCGUCGACAAUUGGCUAUCCGAUAUCCAACUCGCCCACCAGAGCGGCAUCGACGGAUUUGCUCUCAACGUCGGAACUGAUUCCUGGCAACCCCAGCAGGUCGCCAAUGCAUACGAGGCUGCUCAACAGUCCGGCACGGGCUUCAAGCUGUUCAUGUCGUUCGACAUGAGCUCCCUCCCCUGCUCUACCGCUGCAGAUGCCGCCACUCUCCGCAAUUAUAUAACCACCUACGCCACACAUCCCAACCAGUUCUUGUAUAAUGGCCGCGUAUUUGCCUCGACCUUUUCCGGCGAAUCCUGUACCUUUGGUCAAGGGUCCGUCGUAUCCGGAUGGUCAUCCCAAUUUAUUCAGCAAUUGUCUGGAUCAAAUGCUGUGUAUUUUGUCCCUUCGUUUUUCGUGGAUACAUCCACUUUCAGCACCUAUAGCGGUGUAAUCGAUGGCAUGUUCAAUUGGAACUCUGCUUGGCCCGUCCAAGUGACUACUUCGUACGCCAGUUCGAUCUUGGGUGCUAUCGGGAAUAUACUACAAAACCCCUCAUCUGCUUUGAAUUCGUUGUCGUCCCUGGUGGGCUCAACGACUCCUGACCAACAGUACAUCAAUGCGUUGAACGCAAUGGGGGAUACGAAGACCUACAUGGCCGCUGUAUCCCCUUGGUUUUUCACUCACUACAGCCCUCAAACUUACAACAAAAACUGGAUCUACCUGAGUGACGAUCACCUCUAUGCCAAGCGCUGGGAAAGUUUGGUUCAGAUCCGCGACCAAGUUGACAUCGUCGAGUGUCUAACCUGGAACGACUAUGGCGAGUCACACUACUUGGGACCUAUCGAAGGCGAUCAACCCAACAGCCAAGCCUGGGUAGACGGCUUCGAUCACACGGGUCUGUCAAUCGUUACAUAUUUCGUCCGAUUCGUCCCUUACGUAUUCACAGGGUGGCUUAAUCUGACCUUGUACUAUGCCACUGCGUUCAAGACUGGAUCAUACCCUUCUGUGACUAAAGACCAGAUUGUCAUGUGGUCGCGCCCCCACCCAGCACUUGCCACUGCACCUGACCCGGUUGGGCAACCUCAGAACUUCCAGAUCACCGAGGAUAAAGUCUGGGCUGUUGUUCUCGCUACCUCGUCUGGCACAGUCACACUUUCGACGUCCUCCUCCCAGUCCCAAACGUUUUCCGUUUCCGCCGGUGUUUCGAAAUUGACCAUCCCGAUUACUUCUGGGGGAUACAUGGCCGCGACAUUGUCGCGCAACGGUCAAACCGUGAUCAACUUGAAGUCAACCAACUUUACGUUCAACCCCAAUCCGCCCUCAGUACAACUUCAAUGCACUUGUCAUUUCUUCAGACUGAGCAGCGGUUCCGGUAACCACCCGCAUGCGCGUCGUGUUGACUGCGAUCGAUCUAUUUUUUUCAGUGAGGAGACGUGCUGGUUAUGUAUCACGCUACAAUUUGUUUUCUGUAGGAGGGUAAGGAUAGGUUGAUCUAAUCCUCCCCCAUCGACUGUUUUUAUAGCCGUGUACUUUUAGGCAUUCGUUUUUCAGUGUCUCGUGUUGUUUUUCUAAGGUUGCAAGAUUUGGUGGAAAGGAAUUUUGUACUAACACAAACUUCGCAUGCUUCCUUGUGUAUGAUAUCUUCUUGGAUAGAUGAUAGAACAAAUGAAUUCCAUUCUCGGCCCGGAGUCGGAG